CACUCAUCUGGUGUCUGAGUCUGCAGGUGACACUGCUUAGGUACGGAACCCGGAGUCAGAGCAGGGACGCGCAGGACUGCAGCGCUGGGAUGGAAUCUGCCUGCCUUGGAAGCUGCAGGCAGCUGCGAGCACCGCACCUCCGCUGAGCUCGGAGGACCCCUCUAGCACUUGCCCAGGGAUAUGCACCUGCCGUGCGGUGCCGGCGCUGGGGCAGGUCUGCAGGCAGCCUAGGGAGCAGGGAAGCCGGAGGAACUGUCUUAGCCCAUGUGCAAAGGAGAGAGAGCAGGCGGGUGAGUCUGUAGAGUUGGCAGCAAAGCAAGAUCUUGGGUGUAUGUUCAGCGGAGGGCUAGGGCACUCAAGGCUCUGCACUUUUCUUUCCCUCUCCCAACCGCGUGUGCCUCUGCCCAGCACCGAAAUCCCACUUCAAACAUGCUUUGGGUGACCAGGAUCCUUGCCUCUCAGCGGGCAAGCGGCAGGCAAGUGCUCUAACCGCGGCGCGGCGGCGUUGGGUGGCGGCGCCAGCAACACCAGAGAGGGGAGCAGAAUUUGAAAAGACAUCCGCUCCUUUUCACACGCUGAGGGGGAGUCAUUCGCGUUUCCCCAAAUGAGAAAGAGCUUCAAGAAAUCAUGAAAUAAAAACUUUGGAAAGCUGCCACUGGAGAUGUUGCACAAAAACCUGGAUUCUUUGAGGAGUCUCCUCCCAGUCAGUGGAGGUUUGGGGAGCAGCUGAUACAACAAGGAGGGCUCUUGCAAGGAUUCAAGUUCCAGGAGCCCUGGAGGAGCAGCACAGAGGGGGAGAGUGUGGCGAGAGAAUGAAGACACCAACCUCCCGGGAGAAGCAUGAGGUGGCAGUGUGGCACUCGGUUUAGAGGGCUUUGGCCGGCGGCAGCCCCAUGGGCAGCCCUGCUGGCACUGGGCCUCCCCGGUUGGGUGUUGGCUGUCUCGGCCACGGCUGCCGCUGUGGUCCCCGAACAGCAUGCCUCCUCGGCCAGCCAGCCGCCCCUGGACUGGCUGCUCACGGACCGGGGGCCCUUCCACCGCGCACAGGAGUAUGCUGACUUCAUGGAGCGGUACCGCCAGGGUUUCACCACCAGGUACCGGAUCUACAGGGAGUUUGCCCGUUGGAAAGUGAACAAUUUAGCUCUGGAAAGAAAGGAUUUCUUCAGUUUGCCACUGCCUCUUGCCCCAGAGUUCAUCCGGAACAUCCGCCUCCUUGGAAGGAGACCCAACCUGCAACAGGUUACAGAAAACCUGAUCAAGAAGUACGGCACUCAUUUCUUGCUUUCUGCCACCCUUGGAGGAGAAGAGUCCCUGACCAUUUUUGUGGACAAGCGGAAACUGAGUCGAAAGACAGAGACAGCAGGAAGUGGACCUAUAGUCGGGGGCAGUGGGAACAGCUCUGCUGUGUCCCUAGAGACCCUACAUCAACUGGCAGCCUCCUACUUCAUUGACAGAGAGAGCACACUGCGGCGGCUGCACCAUAUCCAGAUAGCCACGGGCGCCAUCAAGGUCACAGAAACCAGGACAGGCCCGCUGGGCUGCAGCAACUACGACAACCUGGACUCGGUCAGCUCUGUCCUGGUGCAGAGUCCGGAGAACAAAGUGCAGUUACUUGGCCUGCAGGUGCUGCUGCCCGAGUACCUGCGGGAACGCUUUGUGACCGCGGCCCUCAGCUACAUCACAUGCAGCUCUGAGGGCGAGCUUAUCUGCAAAGAGAAUGACUGUUGGUGCAAGUGCAGCCCCUCCUUCCCAGAAUGCAACUGUCCUGACGCCGACAUCCAGGCCAUGGAGGACAGCCUGCUGCAGAUCCAGGACUCCUGGGCUACUCAUAACCGGCAGUUUGAGGAGUCAGAGGAGUUCCAGACCCUGCUGAAGAGGCUGCCGGAUGACAGGUUCCUGAACUCCACGGCUGUCUCCCAGUUCUGGGCCAUGGACAGCAACCUCCAGCAUCGCUACCAGCAGCUGGGGGCCAGUUUGAAAGUGCUAUUCAAGAAGACCCAUCGGAUCGUCCGCCGGCUCUUCAACCUCUGCAAGCGUUGCCAUCGGCAGCCUCGCUUCCGCCUGCCCAAGGAGAGGUCCUUGGCCUACUGGUGGAACCGAGUCCAGUCCCUCCUCUACUGUGGGGAAAGCACCUUCCCUGGUACCUUCCUGGAACAGAGCCACAGCUGCACCUGCCCCUAUGACCAGUCUUCCUGCCAGGGCCCCAUCCCGUGUGCCUUGGGGGAAGGGCCUGCCUGUGCCCACUGCGCUCCGGACAACAGCACACGCUGUGGGAGCUGCAACCCAGGCUACGUGCUGGCCCAGGGCUUGUGCCGGCCGGAGGUGGCAGAGUCCCUGGAGAACUUUCUGGGCCUGGAGACAGACCUGCAGGACCUGGAGCUGAAGUACCUGCUGCAGAAGCGGGACAGCCGCAUCGAGGUGCACUCCAUCUUCAUCAGCAAUGACAUGCGUCUGGGCAGCUGGUUUGACCCUUCCUGGAGGAAGCGUAUGCUGCUCACCCUCAAGAGCAACAAAUACAAGCCCGGGCUGGUGCACGUGAUGCUGGCCUUGUCCCUGCAGAUCUGCCUCACCAAGAACAGCACCCUGGAGCCUGUCAUGGCCAUCUAUGUCAACCCCUUUGGGGGAAGCCACUCUGAGAGCUGGUUCAUGCCCGUGAAUGAGGGUGACUUCCCUGAUUGGGAAAGGACUAACGUGGAUGCUGCAGCCCAGUGCCAAAACUGGACUAUCACCUUGGGAAACAGGUGGAAGACCUUCUUUGAGACAGUCCAUGUUUACCUGCGGAGUCGAAUCAAGUCCCUGGAUGACAGCUCCAACGAGACAAUCUACUAUGAGCCCCUGGAGAUGACCGACCCCUCCAAGAACUUGGGCUACAUGAAAAUCAACACCUUGCAGGUGUUUGGCUACAGCCUGCCCUUUGACCCGGAUGCCAUCCGGGACUUAAUCCUCCAGCUGGACUAUCCCUACACUCAAGGUUCCCAGGACUCUGCUCUCUUGCAGCUCAUUGAGCUUAGGGACCGGGUAAACCAGCUUUCUCCACCUGGCAAAGUCCGGCUUGACCUUUUCUCCUGCUUGCUCCGACAUCGCCUCAAACUGGCUAACAACGAGGUGGGCAGGAUCCAGUCCUCCCUGAGGGCAUUUAACUCCAAGCUACCAAACCCGGUGGAGUAUGAGACAGGCAAACUCUGUAGCUAAUGGGGGGCCUACUCUGGGGCUGGGCAGGGAGGUCCUGGAAUCCCAGGUGCAAAGAUCUAAGCCCUCACCUUAGUGCCAACGGGUGCUCCCUUGAGACUUUUCAGUGCCCAGCUGAUGGGAUGUCGGGGCUUGGACUGAUGCGAGCAGGAGAGAAAGAAACAGCCACUGCACAGAUGCAAUCACUCACCACAAGCGUGCACACACGCAUGCACGCACACACACACACACACACACACAAACACACACUCCCACAGGGAGGCCACAACUCAGUAGCCUCGUAUCUGUAAAGUCGGUGCUUUCUAAAAUGAAUGCAGUUGAAGGAGAGGAGCCAAGGGAGAGACUGAGGAAAAGAACCAGCCAAACCAUGAAACAAACAAAUCCUUAAAAGUGAUUCUUGUCAUUCAAGAAAACAAGAGGGACAAGAAGGGAGGGGUUGGAGCUCUUCCUCCCUCUCUGUGGAGUCACUUUUGUAUUCUUUUUAACCAGAUUUCUUAAAAUGGUUUUGUUCCCUGAUGCCCCACACUGGUUCUUACUUUUUGUAUGCCGCCCCUGCCCCCCGGACACUGAGUGCUCCUCAGCCCACUCCCCCAGGAAGCAGGCGACGGCGACACCAGUGGAGAAGAGAGGCCCACUCAGCACGGGCAGCCUUGCUCCCCCUCCUCCCUCUGCCCAGGCCCCCUUGCUUCCUGGACUUCCCCAGUUUUGGGGACCCUGGCUUGUUCCAAGUCCCCUGAUUCCCUUGUGGCUCCUCUUCCAACAGCUCCCGUUGUGUCCAAGAAAGCAGCUCUGUCAAGUUAGAGAGACAAUGUAUAGGGAAAUGUUGUUUUUUUUAAAAAAACAAAAAUAUUUAUUUUGUGAUUGUUUUCCUUGUCAAUCUGCUCCAGCCACAUGAACAUCUGAGUAAAAAUUUAUCUGGUUUAAUA